CAAAAGCUACCGAAAACAGGAAGGAGAAGAAGAAGAAACGACGACAACACUAAACAUGGCUCCAGAGAGGAGUUGAUAGAGAGACUGUAUGCAGCCUGCAGCUCCAUAACGUUCACCGUAGGUCACUACUGCUCACCAUAUGGACAACAUAUACCACCACCAGGCUUCGUCAGAGCCGCAGCAGCCUCUCGGCUAUAAUGGCGGUUAUCUGGAGACGCCACCGUACACCGCCAACAGACCCCCGGGGAGCAGCGUGCUGCAGGCGGACCAUGACCCGGCUGCUCCCCGCUGGACCCCUCCAGGGGGGUAUGACGGUGGUCACCCGUACGGGUUUAGAAGCGACUUCCCGGCACCGCCGCCUCAUCACCCGGUCUUUCCGUACGGGUUUGACCCCUCCGUCCCCCCGCCUCCGUUCGGCUGUUCACCACCGGGACACUUCCCCACUACCGUGGUGACCGCCGCUCCGGUGCACGCGUACAGCAGCAGGGGAGCCGCCACCUUCCAGCCGUUCGGAGCCGGUCCUCAGGCUGCUCAGUAUGACCUGGAGCCCGGUCACAGACAGCAGCGGGACUGUGAGGAUUACUCAGGAAGCGGAGCUCUGCUGUUUCCUCCGCAGGGUACCGGUAAGGACCGGGACUGGAGUCCGGGAACGACGACAAGACCUGAGGAUGAAACAGCCCUUCAGAGGAGGCAGGACCAGCAGUGGCUCGGACGGUUCCUCCAAGGCAGAGACAACACUCCCAAGAGCCGGCAGACCCAGAAGCAGCAGACCCAGCAGCCGCCGCACCGCACCCCCGUGCCGGACCUCAGAGCGGCUCUGAACCGGGCAGCUCAGCUCGUCUCACAGUUAGCAGAGUCCUGUGAAACUCUGAGGAACAACGUGGAGGACGGGUGUGUUUGGGCAGACUCUUAUGUGGUGGCUUUAAAUGUGAAGAAAGAGCUACAGGAGAAGCUCCAGGGCCUCGGUGACAGCGAGUGUUUAGCCGGCUGGAGAGCGAAGUUGUCCCGUGUUGCUAACAGGAGAGCUCGGCGACUGAGAGCCAGGAAGCUGUUCCAGGUGGAGGAAGAACACAGAGAGGAGCUCCUCGCUGAGAAGGAAGCUGCCAUAAACAAGUGGAGGAUGCAGCGGGUACACCAAGUGGAGGAGAAGAAGAAGGAGCGGGAGCUGAAACUGGCUGCGGACGCGGUUCUCUGUGAGGUGAGGAAGAAACAGGCAGAUGUGAAGAGGAUGCAUGACAUCUUGAGAUCUCUGGAGAAACUGCGCAGACUGAGGAAAGAGGCAGCAUCGAGGAAAGGUAUCGUCACUGAGCGAGAAUGUGACGAGGCCUUCGGCAGCAGACUGGAGCAGCUGAGGAAUGUGAUGAAGAAGAGGACAGCGAUCUACUCCACAGAGGAGAAGGCUUUGAUGGUGAUGCUGGAAGGAGAGCAGGAGGAGGAGAGGAGGAGAGAGCAGGAGAAACGAGUGAAGAAGGAGAGGGAGAGACACCUGCAGAGGAAACGCAGAGUGAACACAAUGUUGUUUGGAGAUGAGCUUCCUGCUGAUUCUGUCCUGCAGCCCUUCAGACACUAUUACACCCAGGCUGAGCGCUCACUGCAUGCUUUACUACAAAUCAGGAGAGAGUGGGAUGUGUUUGCGGUUCCAGCGGAUCAUCCUGAUGGUUCUGCGGUUCCUCAGAGCUGGAUCCUGCCAGACGCCCCGUCAGACCAUGCCUGGGCCUCUGCUCUGUGCACUGCUGACACGGACUGAGACGGCCUCUGACUCACUGUAUGUGCUGUCAACUGGUGCCCGACAUCCAACACUCCACUAAUACAGUAAAUCCAAACCUCCGGUGCAGGUGACUGGAAGGACUGCUGGUAUAAACCCAUCUGAGCAAGAUGUACAAAUAAGACUUUAAUGAGUAAAGAAGUUAAUAAAGGAUUUAGAAGUCA